CGGACAGAGGCAGGAACACAGCAGUGGGGGCGAGAGACAGAGAUCAUGGGCAGAAAAGCUAGAGGUGCAGCAAAGGAGAAGCGUGAACCUGCCCAUAAGAUUGAUGGGGAUGGGAUGGAGCUCACGGCAGAGGACGGCCAGACCACAGGCGGCACGCUCCCUUCAACCACGGCCGCCAUCGUAGUGGAUGCCGAAGGCCAAUCAGCGCCAGAGGCGCCGGUUGCAUCGGCCGAAUAUGAUGCCAAAGGCCGGCCGUAUCUCGAGUCGGAGAAAUGGCAAAAAAUGGGAGGGACGGGAGAUGACACGCCGGGAGUAUUUGCCCGGAUUUUCUCGGGGUUGUACGGCGAUCUUCCCAUGUCCGACCGACUCCGUGUGGCGUGGCUGGCGGGCACGCUUUUCUUCAUCAUCGGAGGGUACUGGCUGCUGCGAUCGUUGAAGGACCCCAUUGUUGCUACUAUUGUUGGCGUCGACUUCAUCCCGAGGUGCAAGAUGCUCUCCCUCGUGGUGGUCUUUUCCCUGGUCUUCGUGUACAACAAGUUGGUUGAUAUCUUCCCGAAGCACCAGUUGUUCUACAUCAUUGGAGCCUUCUACUUCGCCACCUUUUCGGCCAUCGCGAUCGCCCUCGCCGACCCCGUCAUCGGAGUACAGAACAAAAACGCCAGCCCAACACGCCUUAUCGGCUGGAUAUCGUAUUGCGCGAUCGAAUCCUUCGGCAGUAUCUGCGUAUCCCUUUUCUGGGCCUUCGUUAACUCGUCGGUGAACGUGGAAACGGCAAAGUCGGCCUUCGGCUUGAUUAUCGCCGGGGCGAACCUUGGGUCAAUCAUGGGCCCUACUCUAGCGGUGACAAAGGCGGAUUGGGGACUCCCACGCUUGUACGGGUGUGGCGCCUUGUGCAUGGGUCUGAUGGUGCUCAUGGUGUGGGGAUACGUGCGAAAGUUUGGCGUGGAGCCUUCCCUGAUGAAGGCCAACAGCAAGAAAAAGGGAGCCGGGGUGCUGGAAGGAUUCCAACUCUUCCUCAAGUACGACUACAUCAAGGGCAUCUUUGCCAUGUCCUGCCUUUUCAUGGUGGAAGUGACCAUCCUCGACUACACGAUGAAGAAGUUGGCGAACGAUGAGUUCGCCGCCCUCCAUCCUGGCGACCAAGAUAGCGCGACCCGCGCCUUCGUCGCCUUCACCGGCAUGUUCGGACAGGUUACGAACACGAUAUCGUUCGGCUUCUCGCUGCUGGGCACGUCCAUGGUGAUUCGUCGCCUAGGUCUCAAGACGACGCUCCUCGCUUUCCCCUGCAUGUGCUUGGCCGUGGUCAUCAUGGUGAUGGCCUUCCCACAACUUUACGUGGUAUUCUUAGCGUUGAUCUUGCUCAAGGGCUUCUCGUACAGCCUCAACAACCCCUGCAAGGAAAUUCUGUACCAACCCACCAACUCCGCUGUCAAGUUCAAGAGCAAGUCCUGGAUUGACAUCUUCGGAGCACGGAUGUCCAAGGCCGGCGGAUCCUUAGUGACGGACGCUUUUAGUUCAAGUAUCCCGGGGCUCAUUCACGUAGGAGGGUCCGUCGCCGCUGGUGGUGCAGCUUUCCUCAUCUGGGUGGCGUGGGUGAUGGGCAGGAAGUUUGACCACCUCAUGGAGACUGGGGAGGUCAUCGGCGGGGAUGGCGAGAGCACGGAGCCAACACUGGAAGCCUUGGCUGCGAGUGAAGAGGCUGCCGAUGCACAAGAGGCGGCCGACACGUCUUGCGGCGUGCUGGAGGAGGGACAAGCCGACGAAGCCUUCUUGGGGGAGGAAGGAGGGGCUGCCGGAGAACGUUCAGAGAGCAAGAACUCGGUCGACCUGUGAUGACGCAAGAAUUGUAGUGGGUAGCUUGCCAGCUUCGUUCAUGGCGUGCUUUUGUAUUUCGAACCGCUGCUGUGUGGGCGAACGGGAGACACCGAUGCGUCGUGUCCGCCCCGCUUCAGAUCCUCUCCGAAAGGGCAGCUGGUUGCCGAAUACUGGUUCAACAUCGCGUGUGUACCAGACACCGGCCAGAGUCGGCGCGCAGUAGGGGGCUGUAACGAGGCUGUAGCAUGUUGUGUGCGGUGUGUCAGCAAUCAAGGAGCUUGAUUGGUUGCGGUUGAGACACGACAUUGCAGAAAUGCGAGGUACCCGUUGCGUUACCUUGAAGAUGUUGAAGGCAUGGAUGGCGCCACGAACCCAGCAAGGGUCUUCGUCUUGUGAAGCUUGUCUUGUGAAGCAAAUUGCGACAACAGAGGAGAACGGCCGUGCGCGCUUCAUCUCUUUUCAGUCUUUUCGUGUGCAACUCUUGUGUUGUUUCACGAGAGGCGGCAAAUGUUUGAGACACCGGCGUGGCAACAACAAUCGAGUGAGCGACGACUGCUGGUGCUAAAAUAGGAGGAUGGGGGGGUUUCGUGUUUCGGUGGUCUGUUGUGUCUUUGGUCCUCGUAGAUGGCAGCUCUAAUAGCAUAUGUUUGUCCUUCGUGACGACGAACUGAUGAUUUCGUGAAGUAACGUCGUUUAACGGCACGAUAUGGAUGUUUCCUGGCAGUGUCGGCG